CAAGACAUCCUAUUCAGUUCUCUGAAAGGGAGAGGAGACAGGCUCUGUGGAAAUUCAUCUCCACUGUCAGAACUGUUCAGAGCUCCAGGACAUAUUUUUACUCAUAGAGGGAUGAAGUUAGGAAAAGGUCCCUGGAAUGGUGACAGCUUCUGUGUGUCCAGAGAAGCCCGGUGGUCCACAGGCAGCCAUGGGGCUGCUGAGCGGGGAUACACUGUUCCCUGUGGCCAUGGCCGUGGCCGUCUUCCUGCUCCUGGUGGACCUGAUGCACCGGCGCCAACGCUGGGCUGCUCGCUACCCGCCUGGCCCCAUGCCAGUGCCCGGGCUGGGCAACCUGCUGCAGCUGGACUUCCAGGACCUGCUGGCGUGCUGCCAAAAGCUGCGGGGCCGCUUUGGGGAUGUGUUCAGCCUGCAGCUGGUCUGGAAGCCAGUGGUCAUACUCAAUGGGCUGGCAGCUGUGCGCGAGGCACUGGUGAACCACAGUGAGGACACCGCUGACCGGCCACCCAUGCCCAUCUAUGAGCACCUGGGCCUUGGGCCGCGUUCUCAAGGGAUGGUCCUGGCACACUACGGACCCGCCUGGCGUGAGCUGCGCCGCUUCACUGUGUCCACCCUGCGCAACUUUGGCCUGGGCAAAAAGUCACUGGAGCAGCGGGUGACUGAGGAGGCCGCCUGCCUCUGUGCCGCCUUUGCCAACCAGGAUGGACACCCCUUCAGGCCCAACGCCCUCUUGAAUAAAGCCACGUGCAAUGUGAUGGCCUCUCUCGUCUAUGGACGCCGCUUCGAGUAUGAUGACCCGCACUUGGGCAGACUGCUGGAGCUGCUGGAGGAAAUGUUGAAGGAAGAGUCUGGCAUUGUGCCCAAGGUGCUGAACUCGGUCCCCAUCCUCCUGCGCAUCCCAGGCCUGCCGGGCAAGGUCUUCCCUGGGCAUAAGGCCUUCGUGGAUCUGCUGGACGAGCUGCUGACCGAGUACAGGAUGGCCUGGGACCCAGCCCAGCCACCCCGAGACCUGACUGACACCUUCCUGACCGAGAUGGAGAAGGCCAAGGGGAACCCUACGAGCACCUUCCAUAACGGGAACCUGCACAUGGUUAUGGGUGACCUGUUCACAGCAGGGAUGAUGACCACUUCGACCACGCUGGCCUGGGCCCUGCUGCUCAUGAUCCUGCACCCGGAUGUGCAGCGCCAAGUGCACCAGGAGAUCGAUGAAGUGAUCGGGCAGGGGCGGCGCCCAGAGAUGGGGGACCAGGCCCGCCUGCCCUUCACCAACGCCGUGAUUCACGAGGUGCAGCGCUUUGGGGACAUUGCUCCAUUGGGUUUGCCCCACAUGACGCUCCGUGACACUGAGGUGCAGGGCUUCCUCAUCCCCAAGGGGACAAUGAUCAUUGCCAACCUGUCAUCUGUGCUGAAGGAUGAGACCGUCUGGGAGAAGCCCUUCCGCUUCCACCCCGAACACUUCCUGGACACUGAGGGCCACUUUGUGAAGCACGAGGCCUUCAUGCCAUUCUCAGCAGGCCGUCGCGCAUGCCUUGGGGAGCCCCUGGCCCGCAUGGAGCUCUUCCUCUUCUUCACCUGCCUCCUGCAGUGCUUCAGCUUCUCAGUGCCUGAAGGGCAGCCCCAGCCCAGUGACUAUGGGCCCUUUAAUGUCCUGGUGAUCCCAUCUCCCUACCAGCUCUGCGCUCUGCACCGCUAAAGGGGGCACCAAAUCCCCACUCACACCCAAGCUGGUACCUAGAUAUACAAUGAACCAUUUUGCCAGCUCCAGCCUGGCAACUGGAGAAUCCCCAGCCUGUCCUGGGGCUUCAGCAGCCUCCCCAGGGACGUCUCCCAUUCCCUACCUUAUCUAUUCUCAACUGUAAAAAACAAAGGGAUAGACUGAUCUAUUUUCUAGGGUAAGGUUUGUAACUGCAUGACUUAAGUCAUACAUUUAAAAGGAUUUCUAACCAAAGGACAAAUAGUCAAUUAAAAAUAAAAUUUGCACUUGGGUAUGAAUGACUCUGUAUAAACACUUUAAGUGGGCCAGUCUGUUUGUUGGGCUGGUAUCUCGUUCUUACAAGAUCAAAAAAUUAAAACAAUAGGGCUCGUUUUUGUUGUUCCCAGUCCUCCGUCUGAUCUGUCCGUAGCACAUGAUCAUACGUAAAAGGUUUUUUCCU